GUCAUUAGCAGAAGAAACGUAAACAAGGUUAUGUUGUUUUUUUUAUAAAAUAAAAACAAAAGGUAUUGCGUAUUAACAUCGCAAGAAAAAUGUAGUUGAUUGCAUGAAAAAUAUAUAACUAUAAUUAAAAAACUCUUAUAGAAUGCAAAGCCCAGAAGUUCAUAAUUUUCCAGCACCAGAAAGUUCUUUCAACAUUGAAAAGUUCCAAGGAUCUGUACCAAUCAAUUUAAAUAUCAACAACUUUCAUUAUAAUCAUUUAUUGACAGUUAUAGUUCCUGGUUCUCAAAAGGUUCCUGGAAUUUUGUUUGACCAUUUUUUAGAAAAAGGCAUAUAUUAUAAAGUAUCUGAACUGUAUCUAGAAGAUCUUGUCGAUCUAAAGUUUAUUUCAAGUUUUAUAAGAAAUGGAAAACUAACCUUGUUGAGUAUAAACAAAAGAAUUGACUGCGAUAAUUGCAUUGGAGUUACGCCAGAUGGUAAGCUUUAUUUAAGCUUAAGUAAAGAAUCAUACCAAUCUUUUGGAAUACAAGGUGUAUUAUCCCACUUUACAAAGAAAUUGGCAAAUCGAUAUUAAAAUGCCAAGACAUCGAGAUGUACCUUCUCUACAGUCCCUUUGCCUCAAGAGCAUAGGUUGUCUCGUUGUACAUAUGGCACCUUGUAUAUUAUCUAAAAUAAAAAUACAUAAAGAACCUCAGAAAGUAAUUUCUAGUCUACAGAAGAAUCUCAUUUGGCUAAAUAAACUACUUUCUUCUCAUGUUCCUUUUUAUCUAUAUGACAAAAUGGCUGUGGAAGUUCUAAAAGCUGUGAAAGUGCUGAUAGAAGAAACAAAGAAAACUUAUUUUCCUCACACUUGUAUGUCAGCAUUUCUUACUCAAAUGAAUGUAGCUGUAAGUUUGACAGAAGUGGUGUUAAAUUCUUAUCUUAGAAGCAUUGAUUUUUCCCAGUGGCCUAAAAUAAUGAGAUAUAUUUUAUACAAAAAUUUGCAUAAUUUAACUGGACUGGAACAUUUAAAUUUAGGAUCCUGUUCUGGUGGAUGGAGGACAUCAGAAUUUGACAAGUGUUUACUAGAUAGCAUAUCAAGAAUGAAAAAUCUUAAGUCUCUUUGUUUGUGUUUUGAUAGUACUGAUAUAGUUGUUCAAACUGUUGGUGAUAACUGUCCUAAUAUGCAGUGUUUGGAUUUAACUUCAUCUGGAUCAGUUACAGACAGAUGUAUUCCAUUUUUACUAAAAUGCAAAAAUUUAAGAGAAUUACAAUUACACCGUACUUCUGUGACAACUGAAGGUUUAGCUCAAAUUGUUGCUGGUCUUCCUAAAUUACAAGAUAUUGGCCGUUGUGAUGAUUUUGGAAAUGUAAUAAAAUAUUUACAUCAUAAAUUUCCUCAUGAAGGCCCAUUUGCACUUAAAAAAAUUCAAACACGUGAUAUUUCAACUGAAAACUUGAGAUUAUUAGUAGAAAUGUUUCCAAAAAUAGAAUAUGUUAGUAUAUUUCAUGAUGUACAGAUUUCUGAUCUUACAGUUCUAAUUUCUUUGGACAACUUGAAAGAUUUAAAACUUCUCUCUUGUGCUUUUUAUGGUGAUUAUUUAAAACAACUGCUAGAAAUUAGAGGUACCAAUUUAUCAAGCCUACAUUUAGAACAUGUUGAAGAAAUGGACUUUAAAGUUUUAGUGGAUAUAAGUCAAUGUUGUCCCAAACUUAAGAAUUUAGUAUGUUAUAAUUGUGACUUUAGUAACAAUUCUGUCCCAGCUCAGAAACUCAAAAUCCAGCCAUUUUUAAGUUUAGAAAGAAUAUUUUGGGUAGUGGACAGUGCCAUUAGUCAUUUAGAGUUUAUACUUAAUCAUGCUUAUAACAUUCAUUACAUACAUCUUGGGUCAUCAACUGGUAUUACACAUUCUACAGUUGUAAAUAUUCUCUCUGUAAAUCCCAUGAGAAAGCUAGAAGAAUUGCGAGUUUUGUACAGUAGUGAUAUGAACAUGAGGACAGUAGAUUUACUUUUGGCAAGCUGUACUAGUUUAAAAGUUUUAUCUGAAUUGGAGAGCUGGCAAGGGGUUUCUAUAGAAGAACUUGAAACUUUUAAAAAAUACAUAAAGUCCAAUAAUUUUGAUUUGGAUAUAAGGCCUACUUUAUCUUUUACGACUUAAAAUUAUAGUAAAUAUUUUUGUACCAAAUGAUGAAAGUUGUUUAGUCAUUAUUAAUCUUAUUUGAAAUUCAAUUGGUAUUUAGUAUAUAAUAUAUAGCAUUUAUAAUUUGCAUAUUGCAUUAUAAACUGUAGGUAGAGCUACAGCUAUUUAAUAAUUAUUGCAUAAUCAUGUUUCAGUCAUAUGCAACUGUUCUUUUCUGUUAUUUGAAAAUAUCAAUAUGGAUUAGAAAUUUGUCCUUUUUCUCUUCUGGGUUUAUGAAAUUUUAUAUAAAUAAAUAAUAUUUUUCUUUAGUUUGCCUAAUAAAAAAAUCAAAAACAAAACUUUUAUUUAAUAUUUGUAUAAAAAUUUAUUAAUUCGAAAACUGGAGACAUGUCAAACAGAUAUUUUCAUAUAAAGAAAGUUUUAUUGAUUACUUAAAUUUGACAGUUAUGGUUUAUUUAAAAAAAGAAGUAAAAUAGUAAAAUUAUAUUAUUUUUUCAUUAAUUUGGUAAAGGUAAGGUAAAUCAUCUGAUUUAUUUAUGCAAUUUUUAAAAUAAAUGUACGAUUUUAAUCAAAAAAAAAUUACUUGAGGCCAAUAUAAUUUAUUUAAUUAUUUCUUGAAAAGAAAAGUUUUGAUAAAAUACAGUGAUCUACAAAUAUUUUAUGUCAAUUUAUAUAGCUAAAUAUAUUUUCAUAAAGUG